UUUCUGCAGCCCACCGGAAAAUUAAAAAUAACAAUGCUCCAAAAGUCUAGCCACCUGCUCCUUUGUUCUGCCAUCCCUAAUUUGGAUCGGAGUGGGUUCGAGUAAAGCAAAUCCGGCUUCCAAAUUCCAAUCCAAUCCUCCUCGAGAAGUCGAUCUCUCGGCCAUGGAGUCCGUGUCCACGCGGCGAUUUACCCUCGGCAGGCAGUCCUCCCUCGCUCCUCCGGAUCGCGAGGAGUCGCUGCGGUCGGAGUUCAUCGACGAUCCGCAGGAUCCUUCCGUGUUGGAUUUCGACUCCCACAUCGGGCUCAUGUACCUCGCCAGCGAGGGAGACCUCGCAGGGAUCCGCGAGUUCCUCGACGCUGGCGGAGACGUCAACUUCGGCGACAUCGACAGCCGCACCGCGCUGCACGUCGCCGCCUGCCAGGGGUUCGCCGAAGUCGUCGAUCUGCUCCUCCAGAGGGGCGCCAAAGUUGACGUUCGGGAUCGGUGGGGCAGCACGCCCCUUGCAGAUGCAAUGCAUUACAAAAACCAAGAAGUGAUCCAGAUUUUAGAGAAGCAUGGUGCUAGGCUUCCGAUUGUCCGUGUGCACACUAAGAUUGCUCAAGAAGUACCUGAAUAUGAGAUUGACCCUAGUGAACUCGAUUUCACCAACAGUGUUUUCAUAACUAAGGGCACAUUUCUGUUAGCAACAUGGCGUGGAAUUCAAGUUGCUGUUAAAAUGUUUGGUGAAGAAGUCAUGACCAAUGAGGAUAAAGUGAGUGCGUUUAUUGAUGAGCUUGCCUUACUUCAAAAAAUAAGGCAUCCAAAUGUAGUGCAGUUCCUGGGAGCUGUUACUCAAAGUAGUCCAAUGAUGAUUGUCACCGAGUAUUUACCAAAGGGUGAUCUUCGUGCUUAUUUGAAUAAGAAGCGCCCAAGUCAGAGGAUGGCGAUCAAGUUUGCACUUGAUAUUGCUAGAGGCAUGAAUUACUUGCAUGAGCAUAAACCAGAAGCCAUCAUUCACCGUGAUCUUGAGCCAUCAAAUAUCUUGCGGGAUGAUUCUGGACAUCUAAAAGUAGCAGACUUUGGAAUUAGCAAGAUGUUAAAAAUGACAAAAACUGUAAGGGAGGAUAAGCCUUUAACUUCUCUAGACACCGCAUGCAGAUACAUCGCCCCAGAGGUCCUCCGCAAUGAAGAGUAUGAUACCAAAGUGGAUGUGUUUUCUUUUUGUUUAAUUCUGCAAGAGAUGAUUGAAGGGUCCCCACCCUUCAGUGGCAAACCAGAUAGCGAAGUGCUGAGAGCAUAUGCCCGUAAAGAGAGGCCACGAUUUAGUGCGCAUAAAAAGUACCCUCAUGGACUGAAAGAGUUGAUUGAGCAAUGUUGGAGUGAAGACCCUGCUAAAAGACCUACAUUCAGAAGUAUAAUUGACCUUUUGUUGAUUAUACAAAACCAAAUUGGUCAAAAACAACGAUGGAAGGUGAGACCCUUAAAAGUUUUCCAUAAUCUAGAAGCCAUGUGGAAGAAAGAUAACUCAAACCGUAGUAGCCGUUCAUCUCGUUCAUCUACAAAUAUGGGAUAAAUGGAAAUAAUAGCUCAGCAACACAAAAUACUACAUUAUAGGAAAUUAAAUGGCAGGUUUAUUGCAUGAUCUAUUGGUUAAAUAGCAAGACAAAGAAUGGUGCUUUUUUUUUUUUUUAUCUUGUUCAACGCCUCUGUUGUGAAUAGUAGCCAUGGAUUUAAACAAUUGAAUAAUCUAAAUAAAGGAUGUACGCCUUUCGAAAAAUUUACUGCCUGUAAGUACCAAAUCUGGUAUCCCUACAGUUGGUUGCUAUGGUUUCAGAAUAACCAUGGAAAGACAAACGGUCGAUCUGACAAGUAACUGAUUGGUUUUUAAUUUGCCUUUGA